UGACCGUGCGUGUGGGCGCCACAUCAACGCACAAACAACAACUUUGGACGGAAAAGCACCUGGAAUUAAUGACGUCACGUAAGAUCACCGUUGUAAAAGGACCGAAGAUGUAAGUAGGACUCUGCUUUUAUCAUCUGGACUGACGACAACAACUCGGGACCGGACUCGGGACAAGCCACUGCAUGGUGGACUGGGACUUAGGGUGCACCUUUACGCACGCCCCUGCAGCGCUUUAAGUUUGGGGUGAAGUUGUUCUUGUGGACUUUUGAGGCUGCGAUGACACCAAAGGACAAACGGGCCAGCAGGCUGCUGAGGUGAAGCGAGGGCAAGACAGGUUGGCAUCUCCAAAUCCUUCAGGUUCGGGUUUCAGCGUCAGGGGGGUCCUGGUAUUAAAGAGUCCAUUUGACCUGGGAGAAGUUGUCAACAAGAAGACGCAGCAGACGCAAACUGGCAGGUGGACAAGUUCAUGUACAUGCACGCGUAUAUUCACGGCUAAAUAUAGAAGCUGGCUGAGGGACCAGCAGCCUUCACGAGGUUCUCCAUCCAGCAUCUUCGCGAGGUUCUCCAACCAGCGUCUUCCCGGUGCAGCAGCCUUCAGGGGUUUCCUCGUUCCUCGGUGCUGCCCGGCUUGGCUGUGAGGGCGGGAGUCCUCGCAUGGACUGACAUGGCCGCCGACCUCGCCAUGAGCGCGGAGCUGCCCAGCAGCCCCCUGGCCAUCGAGUACGUUAACGACUUCGACCUGAUGAAGUUUGAGGUGAAGAAAGAGCCCCCAGAGGCCGACCGCUACUGCCACCGCCUCCCGUCGGGCUCCCUGUCCUCCACGCCCAUCAGCACGCCCUGCUCCUCGGUGCCGUCCUCGCCCAGCUUCUGCGCUGCGAGCCCCGGUGCGCAGCCAGGCCAGAACCUCUCCGGUGGCGGAAACGGCAGCAACGGCGGCAGUGGCGGCGCCAACAACCACAACGGCGGGGGGAAGCCUCCGCUGGAGGACCUGUACUGGAUCCCCAGCUACCAGCACCACAUCAACCCGGAGGCGCUCAACCUGACCCCGGAGGACGCGGUGGAGGCCCUCAUCGGCAACGCGCAGCACCACCAUCUCCACCAGCAGGCCUACGACGGCUUCCGCGGGCAGCAAUACGCGGGGGAAGACCUGAGCGCGGCCUCGGCGGCUCACCACCACCACCAGGCCCACCAUCACCACCACCACCAUCACCACCACCACCACGCCCGCCUGGAGGACCGCUUCUCGGACGAGCAGCUCGUCAGCAUGACCGUACGGGAGCUCAACCGGCAGCUGCGCGGCUUCAGCAAGGAGGAGGUGAUCCGCCUGAAGCAGAAGAGACGCACGCUGAAGAACCGGGGCUACGCGCAGUCCUGCCGCUUCAAGCGCGUCCAGCAGCGGCACAUGCUGGAGACGGAGAAGUCCACCCUCCAGAGCCAAGUGGAGCAGCUGAAGCAGGACGUGGCGCGCCUCGCCAAGGAGAGAGAUCUUUACAAGGAGAAGUACGAGAAGCUGGCCAGCAGGACCUUCACUGCAGCUGGACCCGCCAACAAGCAGGCCGACUUCUUCAUGUGAGACUUUAUGCAGAACACUAAACAUCUUUACAUUUAUUUAAUAUUUAUCACUUUGUUUACAAACAAACGAUUAUAUGCAUUAUAUGCACUUUUUAGUCUUAAACCUUAUUCUCUAAGUUGGCAUCACUGUGGUGGUGGUCUUCAACAUUUACAUCAAGAUGCCCGCCUGGGUGGUCUUGCUUUGAUUUCUUCGUAAAAGUGACUUCCAUGCAGGCACUCAUCGUCCACUGCUGUGUCCGGCCUCAGAGCCUCUCACUCGGCCUGCUUUCCUGCCAUCUCCCGCUGACACCUCAUCAUUUUUUUAAUCAUUGAAAGACUUCAUCUUUUUUUUUUUUAAUUGUUCAAUGACUUCCAGCCACAAACAAUCACGUGAGUGAAGCAGAAGAAGCAAUACGACCAAUAAUACACAAACAAACAAGACUUGAAAAUUGCAAGUCAUCGUUUUGUCUAUUUGCAACCUGCAUGCAGGACAUGUAUGGACACCUCCUGUAUGGACAGCAUGGUUCGGUUCUCUUUGCUCCACCCGUAUAAAAAAAAUGACGGACUUGAAAUGCAAACACAAUCUGUGAAAAAUGGAUGCGUCAAUCAAUUUUUUAUUACUUUAAACGGAAAAGGACAGAUUUAAAAUUUCCCACUGUACAUACGACUGAUUUCUUUUUAAAGGUUUUGUUGCUUGUGUGAUUCAAGCCAGUCUUAAUGAACAAAUGAUAUGUUACGGCAUGCAAAUAGUCUGUAAUAUAUUCUCAUUUUAGCAACAUGUGGAACGUCUAUACUGCACUAACAAGAGCUUUGUUUUUCUAUAUACGUCCUCUUAAAAAAAAUGAAUUUUCUGAGGUGACGUCCUGCAUUCGCUGCUAAAACUCUAUGCACCGACCCGAUUAUUAAAAAUGACUUUCAUUUAUUUGACAUUUUGUGCAGCCUGGUUGUCUUAAUACGAUGGGGUUUUUUUCUCGUGUGUUAUAGCUUGACGGGACUUUGUUGACAAUAAUUCCCCUCCAAAUAUUUGUUUUUAUUGUGCACAAGUGUGCUGGCGGAAAAUUUCGAUGAAAAAAACCGUAAUGCAGACGUAAAAAUAAACGAAUAAAUGUGAGAUGAAUAUAUUGAUGUUUUUCCACACCUGUUUAUUCUCUCUUAUUUAUCGGAUCUGACCAAUAAAUGAUAUUUACGAACAGUCUUAACGCGGAAAGUCCUCAUCAUGACUGGAUGGCAAAGAAAAGGAAAGCAAACUUGUGCACAGUGCUGUUCAUGUCCAGCUGUACAUAUCAGCUCAUUUCUAUAUUUAUUCAAUAAAGGUGUCCUAUACUGU